AUGAACCCACAAGCACAGUUCCUCCACGACCAGGCGUUCUCUGGCUGCAAAGACCAGCAGACGGGGACCGAUUCUUAUUCACAGCAGAGCCGUGAUUUCACUCCUGAUGAUGGACACACCCUUGUCCAGAGCUUGUCCAAAACGAAACCGUUUUCAGCCUCUCGGCCUCGUCUCCUCCUCGUAGCAUUCACCUCCGUAGCAGCAGCAUACAUCCUGCUUAUUUGUUUCCAUUUCAUAAAAGUUGGACAGCUCUUGGCUCCGCAGAGCCGAUACCUCGCAGAUCGCUACGAUGGAUCAUGUGAUUGGGGCAAUGCUGCAGAACCCAGUGGCAACGGCGAUGACAGAACAACUGGAGGAACCCAAGAACAGCGAGCGCAGGAGCUGACGAAUGAAGGCUUGCUUUCGCCGCAUGAUCAUAUCCGUGGAGUGCACGAGUCCGUCACAAGUCUUCAAGGAGUAGGCGUUGUAGCGUCAAUUGGAGAGGAGACAUCGGGGACCGAUUUGGGACAGUGGGCACAGGAGCGCCAGCAGUUUGGUGUGAAAGAAUGGGCAAACCGCAACUUACCUGAGCCAGUAAAGGAGCGUUUGACGGGAAUCUUCUCACGAAUGGUGAGAGCGUCAAAGCUGUGCAGGUCAUUGCUACCAAUGCUAACGCUCACACAACGCCUGCACGUGACGUAUUUUGUGAUGCGGCUAAUGUCACUGGAUUUGGGAGCCCUUUCGUUAGUGAGGGAAGACAUGGAGCCUGCAAGGCAAAGCGUGGGGGACUCUCUCAUCACUUUGGGUCUUGAGUGUCUUCGCGGCGGCGGGGUUGAUGUACAACAUGAAAAUCUUCGCACCUCGAUUCGCCAACUGAUAAGCUUAAUUGAAAAGGUCAAACUGCCGCGACGAGUAUUCACGGAAUAUAAUGCUGCGAAGUAUAGGAAGAAGAUGAUGACCAUGUUGCCUACUUCUGGUUUGGUGCUGAAGAAUUGUUUAGGCGUUUUGGAGGGUUUACUUCAAUUCAAUCGCGGAGACUCACAAAAGCUGCCAGAGGCCGUGGUUGAGCAGCAGUUUUGUGUUCUAAAGGCACUCUACAAAGUACAUGCUGAGCAUAUCAGCAACGACGACUGUACAUCUAAGCACAUCCUAAAGUGCCAGGAACAAACUGGCACGCAUGCGCUUCUCGAUUACCAGCAAGUAGGGACGGAUAAAUCGCAUAUUCCGAAAUUGAGCGAUUUGCAAGAGCGGAUAAAAGAAGCAGUCAGAGGCGCCGGCGGUCUUCUACCACUGCAACAGCCAAGUGCGCAACGCCAUCACACUAAUGGCAGGAUGUUCUUUGGAGAUAGUCAACUAAGAGAGACUUACGUUGAAGCACUCUAUGGACAAUGGCGGCACCACAUGCUGCAAGGAAGCUCUGCGGCAGCGGAACAGCAAGCACUUCACUUCGCAGCUUUAUCAGUGAGCGAAAACGUCUACAGAGGUGCGUCUUUGCCUUCUUCUGCAUAUCCACUGCGGCAACCUUGGCAGCCGCUUUACCAAGGCCACGAAUCAUUUGCGCAGCCCGUGCCUCAAGUCACUAGUAGUCCUUGGAACCAGCAAUCACAGUCAGUCUCAUCGCCAUCACUUCAGGCAUCGGGUGGUUCUGCGAUGCCGUGGAUGCACACAGCACACCAACGCAUUCAAGGCGCAGGUCCCCGUCUAUCGUUGGCACCUUCUCUCCUUGCGCGUCCCCAUCGUCUAUGGGCUGCUCAGUCGACUGAGUCUGUCACUUCUACCACUUCGCUACAGCGGCAACGACCCGCUGGAGGCGGUGUGGAGGGACCCUUGGCGCCCACUGCACAGCUGCGACAAAGGGCUCGGGCCGAGCAGCGCGUGAGGUUUGAGCCACCAGCAGCAGGAUCUCAAAGUGGUGUUUACAGCCUUUUUGGGCAAGGAGGUGUUCCUUCCUGGUCGCCAGUUUCAGCAGCGUCAGCUGCCUCCAUGGAUAUACGUGGCAGUGCAGGCCACGAUCGGGCGAGUAGUCAGAUGCAGGGUCUGCAUCACGCUAGUGGAGAUAGCGUAAAUGAAGGGCAGAGCAGCCGAGAGGUUGGACGUUUUGGUGAAAAUCAUUAG